GGGCCAGACCAGACCGGGCCCAUCUCAGUCUCAGAACGACGACGACUAUUCAGUCUCGGAUUGGACUCACGCUGCCAAGCAUCGUCGAUCGCAAAGUUCUUCGGCGUUAUGUGCGCCACGUGAGUGUUGCGAGUGAGUCUCUCGAGUGCCGUCGCUACAUCAUCACCGUUUAGGCGGAUCAAUGAUGUAUGUCAAAGAUGAAUGCCAAUAAUGUGCUAUGAAACGUGCUAUGGUCAUAUAUGUAUAAUCAAUUAAAGAUGCAGAUAUCAUCGAUUUUGUGAAGAAAGCUAUUCAUUCAAAGUGUUCUGUGAAAUUAAAAACAUAUACUACUAAGUAAAUACAUACAGUGUACCUUUUGGGAUCUACAAUUUAUGCAGUUUGGGAAAUAUCCAAUUUUAAAAGAUGAACCAGCUGUGCAAAGUAUGCGGCGAACCGGCGGCUGGUUUUCAUUUCGGGGCAUUCACAUGCGAGGGCUGUAAGUCCUUCUUUGGGCGCACCUACAACAACAUAGCGGCUAUAGCCGGCUGCAAGCACAACGGAGACUGUGUGAUCAACAAGAAAAACCGCACGGCCUGCAAGGCGUGCCGCCUGCGCAAGUGCCUCUUGGUGGGGAUGUCGAAGAGCGGCUCUCGCUACGGACGCCGCUCCAACUGGUUCAAGAUCCACUGUCUGCUGCAGGAGCAGCAGAGCACGGCGGGGACAGCCAGCGGGACUGCUGGAGGCGGACCAGGAGGCGUGGGUGGUGUAAGCAGUGCAAAUCUGGAGCAGCUCGCGCGCCUGCAGCAGGCGAGCCAUCAGGCGCGGCAAACCUACCAGGACAAGACAAAUCCCUGCAUCAAGUCAGCCACUUCCAGCUCCCCCACAAUAGGGGGAUUGGGUCCGGCAGGAUCCACCUCCUCCGCAGCCUCUACCAGCCUGCCCGGAUUCAUGCAGGCGGCCAAAUAUCUCAACGAUCGUCAGCAGCACCAAAAGCAUCACCAGCGGCAGUUGAAGCUGGAAUCCCGCCUCAGCAACACACCCAGCGACUCCGGCGCAUCCUCGGCCGGCGAUCCGAACGAGGAUGGGGCCACCAGUGUGCUGAGUGGCAACACCACGGGCGUCAUCAGCACCCCUUCAGCGAUGGCCAAGCUGAGUGAGCGACUGGGCUAUCCUCCGUUUCCCACCUCCUCCGAGCCGGAUGCGGACCUGGCGGCGCAGCAGCAGCGUCAGCGCCACCAAGAGCUGCUGGAGAUCUUCCGUAGUCACUCGGAGCCGCUCUACAGCUCCUUUGCCCCAUUCAGCCACCUGCCGAAAGUGCUCCUCGCAGCCGGGGUGCCCCCACUGCCCAUCUUUAAGGAUCAGUUCAAGUCGGAAUUGUUAUUUCCGGCCGCCAGCAGUCCGGAGCUGGACGAACCCAUCGAUCUAUCGCUGAGAUCGCGAACAGAUCCAGCCAGUCCCGUGGCGCCUGGCUCGAACAGUCCCAGUUUGAGCGAGCCUGCAGCGGCUGGUCAUUUCCUGGAGGAAUCCUCGAUCCUUGUCAGAAAAUCCACGCCCCUCGACCUUACUCUUGUGCGCUCCCAAACCCUGACGGGAUAAACGAUAGACGUGAUACGACUUGGAGAUUGACUGUAAAUUCGUUCCUGUGCCAAGACAAUUUCGAGUAGAUAUUCUAUCCUCCAGAAGAAGGGUCCACGCAGAAUCGAGGUGCCGAUAUCAGAAUCUCCUGAAUAUAUUGUCAAUGCAGCCCACAACCAGGAGGAAAUCAACACAGAAAACCCCUAUUAUCUUCAUCAUUUUGGUGCCAGUGAAAUUAUGUACAAAUAUAAAUUUUACUUUGUUUUUAUUUAGCUCAAUUACAGCUGCUUAGAGAAGAGAAUGAACAAUCGUAUUAUGCACAU